AUGGGGACAAGUGGAGGUGGCGGAGAAGGAACUAGUGGUGGUGGGAAUAUUAUAACCGGAGGCCAUAUUGGUAGAGGUGGCAAUGGAACUAGUGGUGGUGGACGGAUAAUAAACGGAGGACGUCUAGGUGGAGGCGGAGAAGGUACUAGUGGUGGUGGACGGAUUAUAAAUGGGGGACGUCGUGGUGGAGGUGGCGAUGGAACUAGUGGUGGUGGACGGAUUAUAAAUGGAGGACGUCGUGGAGGAGGUGGAGAAGGUACUAGUGGUGGUGGAUGGAUUAUUAUUGGAGGACGUCUUCGUGGUGGAGGCGGAGACAGAACUAAGGGUGGUGGACAGGUUAUUAUCGGAGGACGAUGUCUUUUUGGUGGAUGA